CUCGUGAAAGGCAAGGGGCGAGUAAGCCAGCUAGCUGUACAUGAAAUUCUCUCACCGCAGUUCGGGCAGCUCAGCCGAAGGGUCACUCUACGCGUUGUGCUUCUCCGACCCUUUCUGUUGAUUUAUACACACGGGCGAUCCUCACCUGUUCAUUGAAGAGCCCGUACGGUGCUGAGGACACACAGCGUCACGCAGGUGUUAUCAGCACACCUGGAUGGCUGGCGAAGUAGAGCUUUGUGGGCAGAUUUGAACACAAAGGACAGGUUGGGUCGGCUGUCUGGGUGAGGUGACACAACGACCGUCGGUGCACACGGGUGUUCACAUCACCAAGUUGGAUACUUGCCAGUCUUGGGCGACACCACCUUUGCUGUGGUUCGUGUAUUUAGCCAACUAAAGAGCACGUGCACAUCUUUUAAGUGCAGAGGUUAACACCCGAAAAUAAUUUCAUCAGGAUAUUGAGGGUUACCUGCGGCGCUAUGGGUACCUGAGAACGGAACCUGACGUCAUGACGCAGCCGCACGUGGGAAGGAAGGGGAGUAGACAAUACGUCGGGUCCAGGAGAGGACAGGUGAAGAAGAAGAGGGCGAACCGAGGGGCGCUGAAACUCGCCAUCAGGGACUUGCAGCAGUUCGCGGAAAUAAAGAAAACUGGAAAACUUGACCUUGAGACCCGUGACCUCCUCAGUCGGAAGCGGUGCCCUCACAGCGACCCCGUUCCCAUGGUAACGACCAGGAGUAACGUACACGACACGUACCUGCAGCCGGGAGGAACCAUUCGCAAAUGGGGGAGGGUGGACCUGACCUACCGCAUCAACUCUUACCCAGGGGAGAACCGUUUGUUAGCCGGAGAGGUGGAUGAGACCAUUGCACGAGCUUUUCAGGUUUGGGCGGACGUUACUCCUUUGACGUUCCGAUCAGUGAAAAAAAAGCCCGACAUCGACAUCGAGUUCGCCCGAGGCAAGCACGGAAACUGCCGACUGCACUUCGACGGCUCCGGGAACACGCUGGCGCAUGCGUACUUCCCCGGGGAAGGCCUGCUUGGUGACGUCCAUUUUGACGCAGCCGAACGUUGGACGAUUCGAUUCAAUCACCUCAAGGGACCAACCUGUUUAUCGUAGCUGUUCACGAGCUCGGACACAGCCUCGGUCUGGACCAUGCUGACCACAGGGACGCCGUCAUGUUUCCAUGGUACCCGGGUUACCUGGGGUCAUCCUACCUGUACCAGCUUCCCGCGGUUGACGUCACGGCCAUCCAAGCCUUAUAUGGAGCUCCGUGACCUGCAUGUCAAACCACUGAGGACCGCGGAGUGCUCCGGCCUCUACUCUGGACCUGCUGAGGAUCUUCGGAUGUGUGCUAUGAUCUAUUGUCUAGUAAUUUUAUACUUCUAUUCUGAAAGAGUAAUGUUACGUAAACUUGGCUAUGUAUCUAAGAUUUUCCUAAAUAUAGGGAUAAGACAGAAUUCUAUAUACAUAGAAACAGUCAAUAUUUGAUGAAAUGAAAAGCUAAAAGUAAAAUAAAAUAACAAAAUGAAACAGUAAGAAGUCUAACAAAGCAAUACAUGUAUCCGCGUAUUCCAAUAUACUCGUAUAGUCUUAUCACUGUACGGUUGACAAGAAAGAAACGAAUCGGUGCCAGUGUUACUUCCCUCAAAGUCUUGGCUUUUCAGUGUCUUGCUUCAAAUAAACAUACAGUUGAAAUACAAUAUUGACGAUCAGAUAUGGAAUAAAGCGCAACAGAAAUCCUGUAAAU